UCUAUUCCGACACUGUAUAAAAUAGCGUGGAAUUUAGAAUGCUCGCAAAUAUUCAAGACACCGCGCCACCAAGUGAUCUGGGUUUUGGCGUUAUAUAAUACUGCAUGGUAUAGAAACUUUAUCGUCUUGCUGGAGAAAAACGAGAAUGAAGAUCUAUGCAUUUGCGUUGGUAAUCUGCUUUCUUUACUCGACGACUUUCAUCACGGCGAAACCUUUCAUCGGUGGUAUAAAUCCUUACGUAGUCUGUCGCUUAAACCAUUGUGACUUCUCGCACCGGCCAGUUUGUGGAUCAAAUGGGCAAAUGUAUGUCAACAAAUGUGAAUUAGAUUAUGCCUCGUGUAAAUCUGGUGGAAGGAUUUCGUGGGAUAUUUCUGGGCGUUCUUGCGGAAUACAAUUUCCGUGAGGUUGGUUGAUGGAUUUGGUUCACGAGCGACUGAAAAUGUCUGAUUGUACAUAUAUGCAUGCAUAAAUGCUUUUCUUAAACAAUGAUUUAAUAAACCGGAAUAUUCGACCCCAAUGUUUGUAAAUUGUUUGUUUUAGUCG